UAGAUCUAAUCUAUAUUUAGAACAUCAACAAGAUGGCUGUAGUUGAGAGUGAGAGUGAUGGAACUGCUUUUUUGGAAAAGAAUGAAUCGGAUAGGCUUGACUAUUUUAUGCGAUGUGGUUAUUUAAAUAAGCAGUUAGUUACUGAAGAGAAAUACUUUAUAAAAUAUAUGGGAAACAGAUGGAAAGACUUAUCACAGCACCAAAAAGAUGCUUUACUCGACCUUCUUAAUGUUGACGAUAAAACUCGUAAUUUUUACAAGAAUGACUUUUUAAAUCAUACAAAUAAGACAUAUGGAUUGAAGUCAGGCGAAGACAACGUUCAGAACUCGUUCCCUAGGUUAUUUGUGAACUCUGGACAAAAAAUAAAUGUGGAUUUCGAAAAUGAUCUUUGGACAUGGAGAGAUGAGCAUUCAGGUCCAUUUUCUUGGAUGUCCAGAAGUCAACAAGACUUAACUCUGGCUGACUUAGAUGAAGAAAAUAUCUCAAAACCUCAGCCCCGGCUUCCAAAAAUUGAUGUUGAAGCAGAGACCCAGAAGAAAGCCCCACAGCAAUAUUCACAUGCUGGAGAUUCUUGGUCUGUGGAUGUUAUCAGCGACUAUAAAAAGAAAGAGCCACAGAUCAGAAUCACUCCUAAACAUUCUUAUCCAGAAAAAAUUAAAAACAAGCAUUUCCUCGAGGAGGUUAACCCAGCGUUCAAUGAAAGCUGUGAAAAUCUGCCUAAGACUUCUCAGCCUGAAUCAAUUAAUGGCAAGCCUUUUAUAGUCUCUGGUCAUAAAAAUAGUAUUAAUGACAAAGAUCAGCAUCUUACUUCCAAAAAGGUUGGGAAUAAAGGAAGUUUGAUCAAGUCUUCACUAGCUGGUGACAUACUGCCAAACAAGGAUAAUGUUGAGACAACAGACAGUAAGAGAGGAUUUAGUAAUGCUGUUAUGGAGUCUGAGUGGUCCACCUUUGUUGGGGCUAAAAGCUUACCCUUGGCCCCUGAACCAAUGGUGAUGGACAGAAGUGAAUCUGUGAAGUUAACAGAUUCCCCAUACCAGGGUGAUGAUGUUUGUCUUAUUCAGGCCAGCCCAUCAUCAUCUCAGCAGGCCACAGUGAUCUCCCCUGUACACAGUGAAUGGUCAGAAGAGAGCACCCCUGAUCAUACUACUUACCUUCUUAAAGGAAUGCAGUCACCACAACAUCAUAGAAAAACUCACCCAAUGGCUGAGUUGAAAAACAAAAAAGAAACUAAUGACUUGCCCGACUUGGAUGCUGAUGAAGUUUUAAAAGUUGAAUUGAAGGGGGACACAAUUAUUGUCACUACAGAUAAUCCAAAUAACCCAGAGACUGAUAUUCCUACAACUGGCUUUGAUUUCUUAGACAACUGGUGACAUCACAGAAGAACUCAAAAUUUUAUUGCAGUCAACUCAACUAUUAGAAAGUUAAUAAAUAAUAUUGAUAUUCUCUGUU